ACCAACCGGACAGCCCUGGAGGCAUAUCGGCAUCCCAAUCUAUACAACAGUCACGCAACUCAGCUUGGCAGACUGUAGAAUCAACUCACCACACAAAAAUUCUUUCAUUGAUUACCAUUUUCCAUUAUCAUUAUCGUGCCUGCAGCUAUCACACAUAGCCUUUUUUUUUUUUUUUUUUUUUCCAACCCUGACUAAGACUUUUUGCUGGUCUUCCUCGAUUGCCGGAACCCAGCGGAGGUGAUCAUCAAUCUUGCUUAUCCGAUCGCCGAACAACGUCAGCGGCGUCAAAGAGGGCAACGAUAGUCGCCACAACUCAACAAAAAAAAGAAAAGAAAAAAGACCUGACAUUACCAAAAUGUGCCGCCAAUAUCUCACACUCUACAACUGGUGCCAAUGCGAAAUAGAUUCCGGCUACCAGGCAUGUGGCGCCGGCCAGCCGGACCCAGAGUGUGCCGGCACUGGCUUUGAGACAGUCACCAUGCAUUGCUUUUGCGAAAAGCACGCGACAAAGAAGUUCACUACGGAGAAGAAGCACGAGAAGCACCAGAGAAAGCGAAGCCGCUCCUCGCGCUUGUCCAUCACUAGCAGUUCCUCCCGCAACUCGCGGUACUCGGAUGCCAGCCUCGUCCAGGUGGAGAAUGACCCCCAGCAAGCUCCGAGUUUGCGGCAGAGGUGGUACCGCCGGUGGUCAGGCAUUUUCUGAACCCUUCCGCUCGCGAAAUGAAAGCCGUUCGUCCUUGAGAUAUUGAUU